AUGCCCAAAGAAAAGUCCGUCAAUCCCGCCCAAGCCCAGCGCAAAGCUGAUAAGGCAAAGGCUAUUAAGAAAGGCAAGGCAUCUCUACAAGUUCAGAAAAAUGAACGACUCGCCAAAAAGAAUCCACAACGUCUACAAUCCCAACUCGAUGACCUCAAAAAGAUAGAAACCACCGGUGGGAAACUCACAAGCCAUGAACGAUCACUAGUCGAAGGAUUAGAAAAGGAAAUAAAAGCCGUGAAUAGAGCUCGAGAAUCUUUAGGUGAUGCCGCGCCCCAAUUCUCGCAAUCGAGGAGUGGAUUUGGUGGUGAUAGGGGAGACAGAGGAGGGUUUGGGGGAAGAGGCGGAAGUGGUGUUUUGGGGAAAAGGAGAAGAGAUGGGGGGUUGGAGGAGGAAAGUAGUGGGUCGGAUAUUGAAGAGGAAGUUCAGAGGAUACCGAUGCCGAGAGAUACACCGCCUCCGUUCCCGAAAGAAGUGCUGGAUAAAUGGUAUGCGGCGCGACGGGCGCGAUAUCAGGCGCAGAAUCAAAAUCAAAAUCAAAAUCAAAAUGAAACUGGCGAGAGGAGUGGAGGCACAAGUGCAAAUUCUAUACCAUUAGGAGGAAAAGAUCGUGGGGACUUUGGUGGUCAGGAUGCUGGAAGUGGCAUGAAGGUACAGCAGGAAGUCAAGAUGGUAUAUGAAGCGAAACCACAAAUACGAGAUUUAAGGAAGGAGGCCGUGGCAUUUGUGCCAGCGGCUGUGAGGACGAAAAUGCAGAAAGGGAAAGGAGAAGGCGGACUGAUGGAACCGGAAGAGAUGGAAAGGUUAGAGAGAGAAGGUUAUAUUGCUGGCAGCGGUGGGCAAAGGGGAGAGGCUGGGGAAAGUGGUCAAAUUAAUGUAGAGAUGGAAGAAGUGGAGGACGAGGAUUACGCUUAG